CGCCCGGACGCUCUUAGCCUGCCUGUCCGACUUCCCCCUGUCCAGCCCUCGGUCCCUGAGCUGUGGCCCCGCUGCGGCCCGGCACCAUGGGCAGCGAGCAGAGCUCCGAGGCCGAGAGCCGACCCAACGAUCUGAACUCCUCAGUGGCUCCUUCUCCGGCCAAGCACAGAGCCAAGAUGGAUGAUAUUGUGGUCGUAGCCCAGGGCUCUCAGGCCUCACGCAACGUCAGCAAUGACCCGGAUGUCAUCAAGCUACAAGAGAUUCCGACCUUCCAGCCCCUUUUGAAAGGGCUUUUGAGCGGCCAGACUUCCCCAACAAAUACCAAGUUGGAGAAGCUGGAUUCUCAGCAGGUGCUGCAGCUCUGCCUCCGGUACCAGGACCACCUGCACCAGUGUGCGGAGGCCGUGGCUUUCGAUCAGAAUGCAUUGGUGAAACGAAUCAAAGAGAUGGAUUUGUCUGUAGAAACCCUCUUUAGUUUCAUGCAGGAACGUCAGAAGAGAUAUGCCAAGUACGCGGAGCAGAUCCAGAAAGUCAAUGAGAUGUCCGCCAUCCUGCGCCGCAUCCAGAUGGGCAUCGACCAGACGGUGCCGCUGAUGGAGCGGCUCAACAGCCUGCUGCCCGAAGCCGAGCGCCUGGAACCCUUCAGCGUGAAACCGGGCCACAAGCCCCAGCUCUAGGGCC